ACAAUUAUGGACAAUAAGGGUAUCUUCAUCUUCAAUCUUAUGAUAGUCCUCAUGACUCUCCAGUAUUAUCGUUUUUCUGCUGCCCAACAUGGUAUCUCUUUGAGCACAGAUCAACUUGCUCUUGAAGCGAUUAAAGCUCAAAUCAAUGUCGACCCUCUGGGUGUUUUAUCCAAAAACUGGUCUGCAAAAACCUCCAUCUGUCACUGGAAAGGUGUCACUUGUGGUUCUCAAUCUCGAACUCAAAGGAUCACUGCCUUGGAUCUUUCUCACAUGGGUCUUGUUGGAACAAUCUCUCCACAUAUUGGUAACCUUUCAUUCCUCUCAUUGCUUGACCUCACAAACAAUAGUUUUUAUGGCCCAAUACCUCCUGAGAUCGCGCAGUUACGCCAUAUGGAAAAAGUGUACAUGGGAGGCAACGAUCUCACAGGAAGGCUACCCCUUUGGUAUUUUAACAACAUGCCAAAACUUGAAAUAUUGUAUCUGAAUGAAAAUAAUCUCACAGGCACUCUCUCUCCGUAUUUUCUUAAUAACAUGACAAGUCUAAAGACACUACGUUUGAAUGAUAAUUCAUUACAAGGAAACAUCCCAAAAGAAAUUGGUAAUGGAUCUUGUUUGCAUGAUUUUCACGUGAACGGUAAUCAGUUAACCGGGGUUGUGCCACCAACGCUUUUCAAUCUAUCUUGUAUAAGAAAGAUUGAAUUAUCAGUGAAUAGUCUAUCCGGAAGUCUGCCAGACGAUAUGUGCAACGAUCAGCUCGGUAAGCUCAGGUUGUUCUUUAUAUCUCGCAACGAAUUCACAGGACCGAUUCCGUCAAGCAUCAACAAAUGUCAGCAGCUUCGAUAUUUAUCCAUGUCAUUUAAUAGAUUCAAUGGCACCAUACCCAGGGGAAUUGGAAAUCUGACUCUUUUGAAAGAGUUACAUCUUGGUGAUAAUGACAUGCAAGGUUCAAUUCCAGCUGAGAUAGGCAACUUGAAAAGAUUACAAAUAUUAUCCAUUAUUAGGGGGAAUUUAAAAGGAUAUGUUCCGCAAGCCAUAUUCAACAUGUCUUCCCUCAAGUUGGUCGCUUUGUAUGGAAACAACUUGUUUGGAAUUCUGUUCCCAGACAUCUACACCAGUCUUCACAAUCUUGAAGAAUUAUACCUUUCCGAAAAUCGGUUUACCGGCCAACUUCCACCUAGCUUAUGGAGACUGAAAAAACUUCGAAAAAUUGGGCUAUCAGAUAAUAAAUUUAUAGGAAGCAUUCCUUCUGAGGUCGCUAAUCUAACACAACUUACACAUCUUUAUCUUGGAAGUAAUAGACUCACAGGAGUCAUUCCUCGUGAGAUCAGCCACCUUCAUCACCUUGAGGAAUUGAGUUUGGUAAACAACAGCAUUGGUGGAAACAUUCGAUUGAACAUCUCUACACUAAAGAAGUUGGCCUUAACGCAGAAUUUGUUUUCAGGUGAUCUCCCAUCAGACAUGGGUUUCUCGCUACCAAAUCUCCAAGAGUUAAACUUGGCCUAUAAUACAUUCCGAGGAACUCUACCGAGCUCAAUCAUCAAUGCUUCCAAAUUGUACAUGAUUGAUCUAUCUGUGAACUCAUUUACUGGUUCCAUACCAAUUGCAAUUGGUAGAUUAGAACUACUGGAACGACUACUCUUAGGAAAAAAUUAUUUCACUGCUGAAGGCUCAGAGUUGGAUUUCUUGUCAUCAUUGACAAAUUGCAGAAAGUUACGAACACUGGCCUUUGCAUAUAAUCCUUUACAGGCCUUCCUUCCCGCUUCUGUUGGUAACCUGUCGACAUCUCUCCAAACAUUCGAAGCAUUUGGAUGUGGAAUCAAAGGCAUUAUUCCUAGUGGAAUUGGUAACUUGAUUAAUUUGCAAAGGUUAGCUUUGGACAUGAAUGAGUUAAAUGGAAAUAUUCCAACAGCACUUGGGAAGCUGCAAAAUAUUGGCCAGUUGUAUCUUGAAGAUAACAGGUUACAAGAAAGGAUUCCACAAGAAUUAUGUCUCUUGAAGAACAUAGAGGAGUUAUAUUUGAGCAAAAACCAGCUCUCCGGAAUUAUACCACCAUGCUUGGGAGAUAUGAGUUCGCUAACAUGGUUAUUCUUGGACUCGAAUACAUUCACCUCCACAAUACCAUUGACUUUAUGGAACCAUAAAUCACUCAUAGUCCUAAACUUGUCCUCAAAUAUCUUAAUCGGAAAUUUACCAUUAAGUAUUGGACACUCUGAUUCACCUCUUACCGGGUUGGACUUAUCAUUUAAUAGAUUGUCGGGUGAUAUCCCAAGUAGCAUCGGUGGCUACCAAAUGCUGAACAAACUCUCCUUGGCUCAUAACAACCUGCAAGGUUCUAUUCCAGAGUCGCUUGGCAAGUUAAUUAGUUUAGAACUUUUGGAUUUAUCUCAAAAUAAUCUAUCUGGCGUGAUCCCCAGAUCCUUAGAGACACUCAGGCAUCUUGAGUACUUAAAUCUGUCUUUCAAUAGACUACAAGGAGAAAUACCAAGUAGAGGACGAUUUAGGAACUUCACUGCUUCAUCAUUUAUGGACAAUAAAGAUCUGUGUGGCGAACCAAAACUAGCAGUCUUGCCAUGCAGAAGCAAACAGAAAGAAUCAAGAACUUUGUCAUCUCUGAAGUAUAUAUUACCCGCAAUUGCAUCCAUAAUUGGAUUAGUUGUAGCUGUAUAUUUACUGAGAAAACACAGGAAACACAUACGAACAAAUGUUGAGCCGCCAUCAGUUCUUAAAUUGACAAGAAUAUCAUAUUAUGAACUUGUGAGAGCAACAGAAUCAUUUGAUGAGAGUAACUUGAUUGGGAAGGGUUCUUAUGGCUCGGUGUUUAUAGGGAAGCUCUCAGAUGGGGUAAAUGUUGCCGUGAAAGUUUUUGACUUGCUCUCUGAGGGUGCAAUAAAGAGUUUCAAUGUUGAAUGUGAAGUUCUACGCAAUAUUCGUCAUAGGAAUCUUGUUCGAAUCAUUAGUAGUUGCACUAACUUGGAUUUUAGAUGCUUAGUUAUGGAAUACAUGUCGAAUGGGAGCCUUGAGCAGUGGUUGUACUCGCAUAACAAUCAACUGAGUCUUGUACAACGACUGCAAAUAAUGAUCGACGUUGCAUCGGCCUUGGAAUAUCUACAUCAUGGUCUACCAACGCCUAUUAUUCAUUGUGAUUUAAAGCCAAGCAACGUCCUCAUCGAUGAAGAUAUGCACGCUCGCGUUUGUGAUUUUGGAAUUUCAAAAAUCUUUGGUGAAGAGGAAUUCAGGCUAAGAACUACAACUUUAGGAACAAUAGGAUACAUGUCACCAGAAUAUGGGAUGGAAGGACUUGUGUCACCAGAAAGCGAUGUCUAUAGUUUCGGCAUUCUAUUGUUGGAAACAUUCACGAGGAAGAAGCCCACAGAAGAAAUAUUUUGUGGUGAGAUAAAUUUGCGAAGCUGGGUUCUUGAAGCAACACAGCGUUCAGUUUUUGAUGUUGUUGAUGAAAACUUGAUCAACGAGCAUUUAUAUACUAAACAAGAACCUUUGGCAUCUAUUUUUAAUCUGGCAAUAGAUUGCACCUUUGAUUCAUCUUCUCUGAGGAUAAACAUGGAUGAAACAUUGGUUAGGCUUAGCAAAAUACAAAAGAAUUUCCUAGCCAAUGAUUAAUGUGUAUAUAUAUAUUCUAGGUGUGAACGUAAUUAGCUUGCAAGUGUUUUCUACUUGGAACAUUUCCUGUAAGACAACAUACCAAAUUCUUCUGGAUUUUGU